AGUUGCAAGGCAGGCAUACGUGUUUUUCCUCUUAAUUCAUGUGGUUAAAGUGCGCGCUGCGUCCCCACACGUCUGGCAAUGGAACUAAGCUUCGCAGGUUUCCUCCCAGUGAUAGCGCAAUUAUAAAUCCAGCCUCCUCGCUGUUGUGAUCCAGUUGCCAAAGAGAGAGAGAGAGAGAAAAAAAAAGAUGGGGUGCUGCUCGGGACGCUGCAUGUUGAUCUUCAUAUGCUCUCUGCAGUUGAUAACUGCGCUGGAGAGGCAGGUCUUUGACUUCCUUGGCUACCAGUGGGCGCCCAUCAUGAUCAACUUUAUCCAGAUUAUCAUGGUCAUCCUUGGGCUCUUCGGUACCAUCCAGUACAGACCGCACUAUGUUAUUCUGUACCUGGUGUGGACGUUGCUGUGGGUUGGCUGGAAUGUCUUUGUCAGCUGUCUCUACCUGGACUUGGGAGGUCUUUCAAAGGACAGCGAUAUCCUCAGCCUGGGAGUGUCGUCUCAUCGCUCCUGGUGGAAGGAGAACGGCCCGGGGUGUGAGAGCAAGGGCCUCCCUGCCGCUGGUUGGCAGAGACAGGAGAACCCAGAGCUGAUCACCGUGCUGAGCUGCUGGCUGGAAUAUCAAUACAUAGAGGUCCUGCACUGCAUCGUGCAGCUCCUGGUAUCACUCGUGGGAUUUGUUUACGCCUGUUACGUUGUCAGCACUUUGUCAGAUGAGGAGGACAGCUAUUAUAAAUAAUAAGCCACAAACAGAGCAGCUGAGAACUGACUGAGAAGGAACAUGACGGAGGAAACGGAUGAAACAAUCGAAGAUUAUAAUUCCUUUUUUAACUAGAACAAGAGAGUUUAUAUUGUCAAUGUUUCAAUAUCUAUAAUUUAAGCUGAACCUCACUGUGCUGUAUAUACUGACUGAAGUCACCAGGAGACCUCAAGGGGAGAAUUUAAACCAAUGUUAAUUGUCAUUAUCACUGUAUGAAAAGUGUACUUAUGUUUCCCAGCCCUCAAGUAAAUUUAGUGUACCUGUGUCACUGUGUUGGAGUGUGUGUGUGUGUGUGUGUGUGUGUGUGUGUGUGUGUGUGUGUGAGAGAGAGAGAGAGAGAGAGAGAGAGUGAGAGAGAGGUGAUCUUUAUGGCACUCAGAGCUAUGUGAAACACAAAUGAUUUCAAAAUGUGAAUUCGUGAGCCUUUCUUUCUGAUGUCUUGUAAAAUGUUUUAAAUUAUUAAACACCUGUCGUUUGAGUUACAAUAAAGUGACACCUUUGCAGCUGUG